GGGAUCGGUGAUCGGUCUGUCCGCCUCCUGCAGCCCGGUCAGGCACCGCCGCACGCGCCCACAACACGUCCCGCGCCGAUUAUUGUUUUUAUUCCAGCAGACAGGGUUUUAUUCUAAGGGCUGUGAUCAUUUUAUAAUCUGAGUGUUUCCAUGUAGCUGCAGAGCCGAGGACUCCACCAACUACAUACACACUUUUCCUUCCCCACAUUUCCUUUUGGUUUUAUUUCUUCUUCUUCUUCACUUGUGUUUUUUCGGACCCCGGCUCGCCCGAUGCAAGGAGGCGUGAUGGAGAAAAUGUCCCGACAUCCCAUCCCGCUCAAUCCAAGUUUUCUGCCCUCAGCGACGCACGGAGUGCUCAAGUCUCUGCUGGAGAACCCGAUGAAGCUGCCGCUGCACCAUGAAGCUUUCAGCAAGGAGCAGGAGAAGGAGAAGAACCUUGAGGAGGAGCGCAGCGUCCCCCAGUCAGCCUUCCUCGGCCCCACGCUGUGGGACAAGACUCUGCCAUACGAUGGAGACACCUUCCAACUGGAGUACAUGGACCUGGAAGAGUUCCUGUCUGAGAACGGCAUCCCCUCCAGCCCCUCCCAGCACCACCACCAACUCAACCAGCACCAACCACACGCUCCGCCACGCCAGCCGCCAAUUAUGUCCCAAGUCGCGCCCACGUCGUCACCCUCUGUGAUGGACCUCAGCAACCACGCCUCCACCUCUGUACACACGAGCGUCGUCUCUCCAAACUGCCUGCACAGCAGCCCCGCAAGAGCAGGCCUCCCGAGCUCCAGAAACACUCCCAGCCCCAUCGACCCAGACUCCAUCCAGGUCCCUGUCGGGUACGAGCCCGACCCGGCCGACCUGGCUCUGUCCAGCGUGCCGGGUCAGGAGAUGUUCGACCCGCGCAAACGCAAGUUCUCGGCCGAGGAGCUGAAACCACAGCCCAUGAUCAAGAAAGCUCGCAAGAUCUUCAUCCCAGAGGACCUGAAGCAGGAUGACAAAUACUGGGCCAGGCGCAGGAAGAACAACUUGGCGGCCAAACGGUCCCGGGACGCGAGGCGGCUCAAAGAGAACCAGAUCGCCAUCCGAGCCGGCUUCCUGGAGAAGGAGAACUCGGCCCUGAGGCAGGAGGUGGCCGAGCUGAGGAAAGAGCUGGGACGCACCAAAAACAUCCUGGCCAAGUACGAGGCACAGCACGGGCCGCUGUGAGGACACACAAACACACACACAUAUAUAUAUAUACACAUAUACAUAUAUAUAUAGACACGUAUACACCAACACGCGCUCUGAGAAUGAUGAUCCUGCCUGCUCCUGAUCCACCAGCGACCCUCCUUUCACACUCCUGAUGGCUCCGCUCACGGCAGCUGAAGGGUUUAGAUGCAAAAAAUGUACUUUUAAAUAUAUUUCAGCUUUUCAUCCUGUCUGACAUGAUGGUGGAGGUUAUACUGUGGACCAAUCAGUGCACUGUUUAUAUGAAUGUAAACAUGGAGGGAGAGAAACGAUCCGUCUGGUGUUACUCUGUGUUUCUCAGCAACACUUUGGACCUCCUCUCUGCUGUGACUCCUUCUGUUUGAAAGUGUCCAGCAGCGAGAUGUGUGAAUUUUGACGUCAUUGUUUUGCAUAAAAACAUGGCGGCAUCAAUGAAAGGAAUCGAUAAGCUCACAGGCAGACGAUUCCAAUAGAUCGGGACCAGUUUGGAUUCUUAACUGGAGCCGUGAUGAAACAAGUGGGGCGAACUGACAGUUAGUGUUCGGCUACAUCCGGCAACAAAAGCAAUUUGCGUCAACUCGAUCUUUAAAAGGCUGCUAGCUGCUACUGACCUUGCUAGCUAGCUUCCUGCAAGCGUCUGGCAUUAUUGAGUGGGUCAUUUCAUCAGCAGACGUGGAAUCCUGUCCCGUCGUCAUGCAUCUUAAAAUUUCAAAUAUGUGCGUUUGAACAGCCGCCAUCUUGCACCCCGCAAACUGAUCAUAACAGUAGGUUCCUGCCCAGUCACAGCUGCUCUCAGACCUGUCUCUGUGGCGCAGAGGACCAAAACGUCAGGCUGUAGACACAUUCACUGUUCGUCUGAAGAUGAAGAGAAACACAGAAUAUCACCAGAUUUAUAUUUUAGAUGACAAGAAACAAAGAAGCACAGCACUGAAGAUGACUCCACGGGUUUUAUUGUUCAUCUCUGGCACCAGAUUAUUCUCUCUGUCUGAGCCAGGAGUGUUAUCAACGUCUUUAUAACAUCCCAGCUAACACCUGUCAUCUGUUUCCAUGGUAACAGUCACCCAGCAGCUGCUUAAAGCUGCUCCUGAGCGACGGCCGUGAGUUGAGCCCAUUAUUCAGGAUUAUUAAACACACACACACACACACACACACACACACACACACACACACACACACACACACACACGUCUCUUUGUGAAUUCUCCUCAUGGACUUUGGGUCACUAACACUANCCCCCCCC